AUGCUCGCUCGCAACGCUACGAGCACUGUCGACGAGGCUCCUUUCGAUCCGGACAGCCUCACAGUCGAGCAGGCGUAUCGCGCCCUCGGUCUUCAGCAGAGCGCUCGCCGUGCGCAGAUCCGUCGUGCGUACCUCAAGCUUGCGCUCAAACGACACCCCGAUCGGCGGGGCGCGUCCGAGGGCGGCGAUGCGUUCCGGCGGCUGAAGGCUGCGUACGAUCGCCUCUUGGCACACUGCCAGCUCGAAGAGGAGCUCGAGGAGCUGGGCGUUGAGCUCGAGGCGAGCGAGCGUGAGCUUGCGGAGCUGGAGACGCGGCGCUCAGACCGCGAGCUGCGCGAGAGAGCCAUCGCCGAGGCCCGCGAGCUGCACGCGCGCCGACUGGCCGAGGCUAAGGCGGGUCAUGCCAGGAAUCAGGAGGACGAGGCGCGCCUGCGCCUGGCGAGGCAAGCGGACGAGGAGCAGUGGUUGGCAGGCGCGUCACUCUCGUUCCAACAGUUCUGGAACGCGCGAGGACUCUAUCCGAGCGGCUACGAACUGCACGUGCACCGCGCGUUUACGGUUCGAGAUUACAUGGCCAAGUUUGGGCCACCACCGGCAGUAGAGUUGCGAUGGCGGGACCGAACACAGCUCUGCGAGUUCAGCCCCGAAAGCCGGCCCAACCCCUGGGGCUGGGCCACCGUUCCUGUCUGGAAGAGCGCGGACAAGAAGAGCGUCGUCAUUGAACCGCGGCCUGGACCAUGGAACGAGGUAUGCUGGGUUUUGAUGGAGCAAAAGUACAGCCCUAUCCGCGGCGAAUGGGUCGUGCUAUUCUACUGGUUGCGCGGCAGUCCAUUUCCGUUCAACACGUCAGAGGCUGCUGGAAAGGAGUACACCUGGGCCUCGUGGGCCGACACGCCCGCCGGCCGGGCUAUCGGACUAGCAAGCUGGCCUGUGACCGCGAGCACGCUUCAUUGGAAGCAGCAGCGAGCGGUGGAGGAGCGGGCGGCACGCGCGGCGGAGCGCGCGGCACGCGACGAGGAGCGGGCGUUGGAAGCCGAGAAACAGAAGGCUAAGCCGGAGGAGGAGCGCCGCGAGGCGCGGCGCAGGGAGUUGCUUGAGAAGAAAGAGCGAGUGAAGAGGGAGAGGGAGGAGGCGCAGAAGGAGCAGAAGAUGGCAGAGGCCAGGCAGCUCGAGUACCAGGACGCCGAAUGGCGGGCGUGGCUGCAAGCUCUGGCCAAGGAGAGGUCGGAGCGGCUGGGGAAGCUCAAGGGGGAGAAGGAGAGGCAGCUUGAGGAGCGGCUCGAGGAGCAGAGGAGCAAGGCGGAGGACCUCAAAAAGUCGAAGCAGGAGCGCGCUGCGAAGGAGCAGCAGCGGUCGCUCGUGGCGGCGCAGCGGCAGCGCGAGAGGCGGGGCCGGGAGGCGGCUCCACCGCCGCAGCGCGCGCCGAGGCGUGAGGAGGCGCCGCCCGACGCCGCGGGGGGCGGGACGAGCGGCGCCGUCAAGGUCGAGGCGGCAGCGCCAGCGGAGGUAGCGCCAACGGAGGCGGCCCCAGCGGAGGCGGCCACUGGCGAGGCGGCCGGUCCGAGCGGGCUCGAGGGGGGCGGGCAGGGCGAGGCGGCUCCCGCUGUCAAGCUUGAGGUGUCUGCGCCGCCACCGCCUCCCCCGCCUCCGCCGCCGGCGGCGGCGGUGCUCGACAAGGGCACGCGGCUUGAGGUGUUCUGGGAGGAGGACGGCCAGUGGUAUCCUGGCCAGAUGGCGACGGGCCGGAAGAGCCAGUGGGGUCGCUUUCUUGUGCACUACGACGACGGCCAGCGCAAGUGGGAGCGACUCGACGAGAUGACGUGGCGGCCGCUUGCCGAUGGCGAGUGCGCCGUGAAGCCCGAGAGCGACAGCGCGGUCGCCAUCCUCCCGCAGCACCCGGCGCCAGUCACGCGCAGCAUGCAUCACGACGUCAAGCUCGCCGAGGAAGACUACGUCGCGGGCGAGAUCCGGUGCCCCGGCUGCAACAUGGGCGUCAAGAUGGCGGACAGCUGCAGCGUCGUCACGUGCCGGUCGAGCCGGCACACGAGCGGCUACUUCUACUUCUGCGCGCACUGCAGGGCCGAGUGCCCCGACGGGGAGUCUUUCUGCCGCGACUGCCCGCACCGCAACGACAGAGAGACCCGCAGCCGGAGGGACAAGCGCCGUCGCGAGGAGCUUACCAAAAACUCAGCAGAGAACCCUUUCACGCUGGAAUGA